UUUAGUUAUACAGGGUGGGGCCAAAUAAUACGUACCAGCGGGAACGAGGUGGUUCUUUAUGAACAAAUAAGAACAAAAUAUGGAGUAAAAUUGGAUGUUCAUUUAAAGCUUAAUUUUCGAGAAAAUCGAGUCUGAAAAUUCUAUUCGUAUAUAUGCUCUUACAGCUGAGUUACGGUUCAUCGAGCAUCGUAUAAAGCUUAUCAUGUUUAUAAACAAUGUCUACCCAGCAUUUAAAAGUUACCGAGUUAGACUUUAUUCUAUUCUUUUGCAGUGUUCUUCGAUCAGGAAUCUUUCGGUUACGAUGGUGCUCUCUGUAAUAACGAACAAGUUUUCAUUACAGGCUCCCAAAGCUCGGAUCAUGUCAACAUAAUUCCUAUUCGUGUACAUCAUCGUUGGAUAAAUGAACGAAAACUGUCUGAUUAAGCAAAUAACUAUUAGAAAUCUCAAAUCAUUGUUUAUAAACACGGUACGCGUUAUACGAUGCUCAAUGAACCGUAACUCAGCUGUAAGAAAGAGCAUAUGUACGAAUAGGAUUCUCCAACUCGAUUUUCUCGAAAACUAAUCUUUAAACGAAAAAACUUUAUUCCAUAUUUUCUUCUUAUUUUUUCAUAAGGAACCACCUCGUUCCCGCUAGUACAUGUUAUUCGGCUGCACCCUGUAUAAAUUUCUAAGAGAGGCUUCAUGUCUCUAGUGAAGUCUAGUGGAUAGAAGUUAGAAGACUCUGUACGACUUCUAUCCAGUUCCUAUCGCGACAUCUAGCGGCAAAGAGUGAAGUGAUUGGCAAUCGAAACUGUAGCGCCUCCUACCAAAAUUGACACGAACUAUUACGUGUACCGUACAUCUGCUGACAUCUACCUGAACCUCACCAGACCUCACUAGUUGGACUGUUGAGACAUGUUUCGUGAUUAACACUAGACAUCGGUAAUGUUGGGCCUAGCAAUGAUUUGAUUUUUCUUUUCUUUUUUGAGAAAUGCAAGCAAGAAAGGUUACUCGCUAUAGUUUGCUGGGUGCGAACCGUUGCAAUUGUAACACAUUGCAAGAAUGUUGGGUGACUCGGUGCAUUGGAGGAUGGUGAAUCUGUGUGAACCUGGAUGUUCUUUGCUAAUAUGUUUCCGAGUAAAAAUGAUCGAGCUUGCAAAAACCAAAAUGGUCUUUAAUUGCAUAGCGGAUAAAAAUUAGAAGAGGUUUACUCUAUGUCUUCGAGAUUAGGGUCCAUCGUAUUCUGGUAUUGUCUGAGGUGUGUGUGUGUGGGUUCGUUAACGUCGAAUAUGUCUACGAGUACGCGGAAUCUUUUUCGUGUUGGUAUGCUUUUUGUGGCAUCUGCGGUACGCGCCAUUUUGAAUGAGACUGGUGUCGGUGUUGGUUGCAUUUAGCACUUGGUAAUUCGUUUAACACGUUGACCGCUAUGUCACCCACACAUGGGUGACAAGGAUUUUCACUGAGGAAUAAAUAAAUCGAUUCUGAAAGUGAGGUGUCGAAGAAAAAGAUUCUGAAUAGGAUUGGUAAAUUCUAAAGAGGUCGCAAAAAUAAGUACCACCACAGAUGUUAGAUCAUGUCAUUUCUAAUUGCAUAGAAAGAAAAUUUUAGCUUCGUAGAAAUUAUCACGAUUAUUAGUCCGGCAGUCAACGUGUUAAUGACCGACGCGUCGAGAAACUCGCUGGCGAAUGAAUAAAUGAUAAACAAAGAUGCAGAUGAAACCUGUGGUCGCUUCCAUCCACGCUGGCGAAGCAUUACUGGGUGGCUCAACUGUCGUAACUCGGAUUCGAAGCGCCGAAAGAAAGGGAAAGUACAGCUGGGACAUCGAAGCAUGGGAGUCCAGCAUGCGCGGUCAGUCUGCGGAAAGCGGCUGAACGUUCGCGAGAAACGCUUCGUCGGCUCCGAUUCAUCGUGGAUUCGCGGAAAUCGUGACCAGGAUUCGCUGUAUCGAAGUGCAGGUCUGCCGAUACCAUCCGGGAACAUCCUCGUGGUACGGAAACUCCGAGCCGAUCGUUGACGGUUUUCUGUUAAGAGGAUCAUGCCGGAUACGAGGAAAGGUUUACUUUCCGCGAAUGAUCGUCAGUUGACGAUAAAGGAUCGAUGAUGAUCUCGACCACCGACUGUCUUCACGGAACCGGGAUAUUUCUACGAGCUAUCGAAGCUCCAGAAUUUCUGCGUGCCUGACCUUCCUGCCGAUUAGGAUUCAUAAUGCUGGAUCCGAUUUUUGGAGCAUCGUCGGUAUGGUGGUUGGUGGUAUACGCCAGUGUCCUGCUGCUGCUGUCGCCACUCGUGCUGCUAUUCAUCAUUUUUCUGCCGAAUUUUCCAAUAUUGCUGUUCAGAAGAAUGUGUUACAUUCCUAUCGAGUCGAUAUGACAAAUUAAUCAUCGAUCUGUGAUCUCCGCGGUGAUCGCUUGUUACACAUUUAAUUAUUGUAUUACUUGGUAACGAAGAAUGGAUUACGAAUGGCGUGUGAAUGGUGCGCGAUAUGGUCCACUUCGUAAUAUCGAACACGGGAUGAACUGGAUGUAGAAACAUGGAUGAAAGAAUGAAUAUGUGGAUUCUAGUAGUUCGUAAGACAUUAACGGCGCGUUAAAUGGUAAGAUCCAACGUUGGUUGUUCAUAAAUCAAAAAUACCUGUAAAGUCCAUGCGUUAGGGUGUCUCGCUCGAAACAAAUCAUCGGUUUUUCUCUUUUACGAAUAACUUUGAAAAGCAAAUAUGUUUCAAGCAAAAUUCUUCGGUGUCGUUUUCUUGAGCGAGACAACCUGAUUAAUAAUUUUUAUUUCAGAAUAACUCUUAACCGCUCACUUGGUAGAACUAGUAUUUAUCGUAAGCACUGAAUUAGUAGUACAGUUAAACUUCGAUUAAGCGGACAAAUUAGGAGAGGGGAUGUUUGUUCAAUCCGAAUGCCGGUACAACAGCAUCUAUACGAUAUCGUGGCUUUCGAGCACGAUUCGACCCUUUGACCAGGUGGUGUUUGUAGCGUUGAUGCGCGAUUCGCAUGCGGUUCUUUCGCAAUCGUUGCCAAGACUUUGCCACUCCUGUCGCACGUUCGUCGCGCUGCGCAAAACGCCGAAUAAACCGAAUAUAACGGGAACGGUGUUUCGCAAAACUGGGGUUACUUGUACACUCGAUCCGCGGACCGCUGGCCGAAAAUUCGAGAAACGAACGUGUCCCCGACGGACAUUGUCAGGCAUUGUUGCGUCAGUUCUCCUAGCGGUCGCAUUCGUGUCGUGCGCACGGCGAUUUGUACAUAAACAUCUUGUCAAAAUAAAAUAGCUCCCGAGCAACGAGAGAUUUGAUGUCACGGUUCGCAUUAUUCUUCACCAUUCAUUUUUCUUCUUCCUUUUCUCGGUUAUAUAAAUUGACGUGCGUCAUUGAACGUUCGCCAUUGAUCUUGCGCUAGUCUACAGGCAUUUCUUUGAACAUAAUUGGACCGUUCUAUGGGUGAACAAUUUUUUAAUUACAAGGUCGAUAAAAGACACUCGGUUGAAACUUGUCGGUGAGAUUAGAUGAUUAACGUGUGUCAGCUCGCAGCGGAAACGAUCUCCUGCGAUAUAGCGAGCGUUGAGUAUGUUCCUAUUAACAGCGAUCGAUAUCUAUUUAUUGACGUAUUUAAUUACGCGACGGUCGAAACUCGCAAGUUUUUUCCUACUACAUGAAAUUUUAAUUUGUACACGCAAUUUAUGACUGGCUCGUUUCGCGAAACAUUGCGUAUCGAUCUACAGUUGUCCUACUUGUUAAAGAGAAAAUUAUUGUGUAACUAUGUAUCACAGUGCGAUACGUACUGUUAUACGAAUUAUUUGUAAAUCCUUUGCUCCUAAACUCGUCGUGGGUUACUCGAAGCGUCUUAACCUUGUCAGUUGGUUCAUCAGCCGCGCUCGGUGCAUCGCGAUCUUGUACACGGUAAAUGGCUGCCCUUCUGCUUGCAGUUCACCGGUGAUAUAGGCAGGCCUGGAUGGAGUUGAACAUUAUAGUACCGAUCGGAGAGUACUUUCGCCAAGUGGCGUUCGUAGUGGGGGAGUUGAGACUUGAACCCCGAGACCCCAUGGGCCAUAUAUACUACGGUUUCAUGCAGCUCUCUUGCUACUUGGUGUCAGCUUCUCGACGAUCCUUGCUGUGCAGGAAAGGUACAUCGGGAGGAACGCCGAUAAAGUAAAAGGUAAGCGUCGUUCGUUUCGUACGCUAACCAUCUCCGAAUCGUAAUCUGCGUAUCCAUUGUAUUUUGAAAUCGGCCGAGAAAUGAUUAGCAAGGGAAGGACGCGAUUACGAGUACCCCGUGUAUAUUAACGAGAUGAAUCAUCAGGGUAACGCGCGUCUUCGCGAUCGAUGUCUCGUUUAAAUUCUUUCACCGCUAUUGAAUCGGCAAUUCGGAAUUGUAAAGAACAAUCGCGAAUCGUCCACUUUCAAGGAUCAACCUUGUGAUCGUUGUAUAUUUAUAUCUACUCUAUGCGAUCGUCGCGUGGCGUGCAUCUAGACGAUUUAACGUCGUUGGUAAGAAUUAUCUGGUCGGCAUUCUUCUGGCGGCACACAACCAUGGUGUCUCGGCUUCGAUUCACGCUCCGUUUUGUAAGAAUUCGCCAAUCUGCGUUCUUCCGGUUAACCUUUGACGAGCAGUCAGUCGCCCGGCGGAUUUCGUGGUAGUCGGUCGUUCCGAACAGAGUAAUUUUCGGUAGACAUUCGUGGUAAUCUAUAUCCAUAGUGAAAUUCCUCUCACAGUAAGACGUAAUGUUUAUCGAUAACCAGCCCACAUUUCUCCAACGUCGGUCGCUCUCGUUGAAACCAAUUGUUGAUCUGAACCGGUUCAAGCUCACGGAUAAGAAAAAUUUCGCUAGGCGCGACAACUCGAUCACGGAUACACACCCACGAGAAAAACAAAGGAGACAUUCUGUGCACGCUCGAGGCUCGACUCUUUCGUAUGCGGUCCCUCGGUCCUCGUCCACGGCUGGCGGUUACCUUUUUGGAAACAAUGACUCGGUCGACACGUGCCACGAACUCGCGCGCUUCUUUCCUCGGGAAAGUGUCCUGACAUUUGGACAAAGACGAGGAGUUUGGCGGUGGAUGAUCCGUUCCGUAGUUUUAUGUAAAGCUUUCUUGGAAAUAAGAUACGAUGGCUUAUACGUGGGAACUGUACGUCUUAAAAGGAUAUAUCACAGAGACGACUUGCGUCACAAUAAGUUGUCUCUGUAUAGCUUCAUCGUUAGUGUCGCAACUGUUUCGUAUGUUAAUUUAGGGUCACUUGCGUUUGUACGUAGACUGCGCGUUCGUAGUCGUGCUAGAUUUAUCGGUAGCUAUGCGCGGACAAGAAAACUUUGAUCUGUCGGUUCUCCGACGACGUCUGUAUCCGAUUCAACGAAAUUUUGUUAAAAAAAAAAAGGAAGCGAGAAAAUUUGUUGAAAAAGCAAAACAUCUUUCAGAUGAAGCUGCUCGUCGUCUUGACGCUCGUGGCCUUAGCGGCAGGACAUCCGGGACUGUUGCGGAUUCCUAAAGUGUACAACGCCGUGAUCACAAGCAAUCAAAACUUAUCUCCGUCGAGGGCAUUCCCGGUGAUACAACCAGUGAUCCAUCGAACGGCGAUCGGUUACGUACCGCCGUUAUAUUACGCGCAAGUGGCGCCUCAUGUUUCCGGGCCAGAAUUGGUGCAUUAUCCUCGGACUGGAACGAAAUCAGGUAGCGAGACGGAAACGGUUGAAACGGAAUUGUCGACGGCUGCGGAGUAUUCGAAAUUGGCCGAGAACAAAGGAGAAGAAGAAGCGGCGCGUCGGGGUUCGGAGAAAGACCAAGGUGAACCGAGAUCGGGGUUGCGAAACAAGCAGGAAGAACAACAGCCUCUGAGCUUCUACCCUAACUACCACUCUCUUCAUUACGAUCCUUACUUUUACACGUACAACGGGAUCAACCCUCACCUAGUCCCGGGAACGUAUUACGUAGACUAUCAGCCCUACGGAACCCUGGAGCCCAUUCCUGCGUCCACGCCGAACAAUGGUCUUUCCGGUCAUCUGCUUCCAGGUUACCACGAGGAGAAGAAAGAUGCGGCGAAGGCCGAAAAGGAAAAGGUGCCGGAUGUGCCGCCGCCGCCUCUUCCGACAGCGGUACCGAAAGAUCCUUGAAGUAGAAGCUGCGGU